GGACGACUGCUCUCUCUCUCUCUCUCUCUCUCUCUCUCUCUCUCAUCACUGUGGCAAAACCCUUCCUGCCUUGGCUUCUUCUGCUGCUGCGGUGGUGAUGGAUUUUCAGGUCGUUGUGUUGGCCGGUGGCUUCUCCAAGAAGCUUGUCCCCCUCGUCUCCAAGGAGGUGCCCAAAGCUCUGCUUCCCGUGGCGAACCGCCCCGUUCUCUCCUACGUACUGGACCUCUUGGAGCAGAGCAACCUCAAGGACCUCAUCGUUGUUGUCGAAGGGAGCGAUGCAGCUUUUCGAGUUGGAGGUUGGAUAUCAGCGGCUUAUUUGGACCGUCUACAUGUUGAUGUUGCUCCGGUCCCUGAGGAUAUUGGAACUGCUGGUGCCCUCCGAGCCAUUUCCCAUCACCUUACUGCAAGAGACAUAUUGGUUGUGAGUGGUGAUCUUGUCUCAGAUGUUCCUCCAGGUGCAGUGGCAGCUGCUCAUAGACGGCAUGAUGCCGUGGUAACAGCAACGCUUUGCUCCAAUCCUGUCAGUGGACCCGCAGACUCAGGUUCCUCUGGGGCAAAGGAUAAAACCAAGAAGCCAGGACGCAACAUCAUAGGGCUAGAUCCGUCAAGGCAGUUUCUUUUACACAUUGCUGCAGGGGCCGAGCUUGAAAAGGACUUGCGAGUUCAGAAGAGUAUAUUACGUGCAGUAGGUGAGAUGGAACUUCGAGCUGAUCUCAUGGACGCUCAUUUAUAUGCAAUCAAAAGGUCUGUCCUACUAGAAGUCUUAGAUCAGAAGGAGACAUUCCAAAGCAUAAAGAAGGAUGUACUGCCCUAUCUUGUCCGGAGCCAGCUGAAAUCAGAGGUAUUAUCAAAUGGUGCACCUCAAGUAGAAGAGAAUGGAAAUGACAAAGUUAACUCCCAGAGCAAACGAAUAACGCAGUCACAGAUUCUGGCUAAUGCAUCAAACAGAAGCUUUCAUGAGCUAUAUGCCUUUGGUCCUGAUGGUUCUGCCUCAGCUCGAAGAACACAUAAGUGUUGUGUUUACAUUGCAAACAACAAUAAGUAUUGCGCACGCCUAAACUCCAUUCAAGCAUUCAGCGACAUUAAUCGAGAUGUAACAGGAGAAGCUAAUCAUCUCUCAGGCUACUCUUUCUCUGCUCACAAUAAUCUCAUUCAUCCUUCGGCAGAGCUUGGAUCUAAAACUACAGUGGGACCCCAUUGUUUGCUCGGGGAAGGUUCGCAAAUGGGAGACAAAUGCAGUGUGAAGCGAUCAGUUAUCGGCCGUCACUGUCGGAUAGGGUCUAGCGUGAAGAUUGUUAAUUCAGUAGUUAUGGACCAUGUGACAAUUGGAGAUGGUUGUUCAGUACAAGGUUCUGUUGUCUGCAGCAAUGUACAGCUUCAAGAGCGUGUAACACUGAAAGACUGUCAGGUUGGAGCCAGUUAUGUUGUUACUGCUGGCAGCGAGUAUAGAGGCGAGUCCUUAGCGAAGAAGGAGAAAUGACCAGAGAAUUACAGGGAGGGAAGAGACUUGGGGUAAAUUUUGCAGGGAGAUAUUCUAGAUGCGUCUGCCAUGCUCCAAUUGAGAUAAGAUUUUGUGAUUGCUGCUGACAGCGAAGGCAAAGUCGAACUUACACCUGCCCUGUGGCAAAUGGAAAUGCCGUGGUACUGUGAGUGUAUAUUUCCUGUUCCUCAUUUAAUUUGUUUUCAAUUUAGUUAGGGUAUCAUGCUGUUUCGAGGGGUUGAGGCUGCGCGGAAUGAUUCUAUAGACUAGAGAGGGGGAGCUGAAUCAGCAUCAAUUUUGUGGAAGAAAGUAUGGUAUUAUAAAUUGAUCUUGUUUUGAGGUACUCGUGAUCAAAUAGUUCUUCGUGAUUGGUGAUCUUGCUUCUCGCACAGUAGAUUAAUGUCGGGGUUAGUGGGGAACUGAUUGAAUCUUGGCAUGCAAUAUUGAGGGGUCCUUGGAAUGUCUCUUUGAUUCCAGAGGAAUCCUUUGCCUUUUCCAGUUCGUGAGAUUCUUGGGGAAAUUUCUGUUUGAUCGAUUCUGCUUUAUGAGCAGGAAUACUGUCUUUAUUGCUAUCUGGGUUUCAAUAAUAUAUGACGGGAGAUUCUUUUUCUGCA